AUGGGUGGAAAGGACCGAAGUCAAGGCCAUGCCGUCACACAAUCCCGUAUACAAUACUCAAGCAAGCGGCUGUCCCCACGGACGAUAGACUCCUUUUGUCGCGUCGUAGAAGUGAUCACCGGUCGGUCGGUGUGCGAGCUGGCCAGCACACAGAUGGAAGGUCGCCGCCGUGUGGAUAGUUUCUUGGUAACGCCCGCUCGCUCCCAAGAGCCAUUGGCUAGGCCGGCUGGAGCUAUGAUUGAGCGUCGCGCUUCGAUAGCUCCAGAUGUGCCGACGGUCUUUGAGGAAUCGAUCGAAGAUCAUGGAAGGACGAUAGACGCGCGACCAUCCACGGAGCAGCAAAAUGGCAGCAGUGUGCCAACAACGCCAAAGACCCCCUACCGUACCCCAUACGCUAUCGAUCGAUAUUAUGAGAAUAAUCAAUACUCGGUGACCGGGAUUUUCCAAAAAAACAACCAGGACACGAUGACGCGCAUCCCGGCCAAUUAUCAGAAAUUUUUAAGGGAAUCAAGGGAAGGCGCUGAUCUAAAAUCGACAAAAAGCACCCGCUCAAAACCGGCACUACCGAUUCCGGGAGCCAAUGAAAAUCGGUUCACAUCGUCAUUUUACUGGCUGGCCGCCCAGCAUCGUGUUAUUGGACUGCGACAUUUGCUCAUGUUCGGACUUGUCGUCACCUACUCCCUACUUGGAGGAUGGAUGUUUUCGAUGACCGAAUCCUCUGCCGAACGCCGAAAUGUUGCGGAUGCCGUCGUCGCCUUAGAAAGCGCUUUGGAAGCUAUGGCGGUAGAGAUGGCCAAUGGCGCCUCCACCAAUGACUCGACUUUCACUGAGGUCGGCGGCGCGAGACAAUUUUUGAAAGAUGCAUAUCAGCAUUUGCUAAAAGCUGAAGGUCGCUGGGAUCAAUCGGCUUUCCAAAAAAGCCAAAGUGACGACGGGAUGCUGUGGAAUUUUUGGUCGGCCGUCUUCUAUUCCACGAAUCUGUUCAUGACUGUCGGAUACGGAACGAUUGCCCCAGUGACGGAUUUGGGACGGGUGCUCACCGUCGUCUAUUCAAUUAUAUUCAUUCCCCUGUCGAAUGUCGUCAUCAGGGAUCUGGGUCAAUGGUUUUUAGUUGGAUUGACCAGGGUUUAUGCUCGAUUUUUGAUACGCUGGAAACGGGCACGCGGGGAAGAGUUGGAUGACGACGAGGACAUUGUGUUGCCCAUCUCAAUCACCGCACUAAUAGUAUUAUUAUAUUGGCUCCUAUGUUCUUUCCUUACUUGGGUCUAUGAUGCAAUGGCCGGCAGCAGCGGCUCUGGGAUGACGUUCUGGGGCUCUGUCUACUUUUCUUUCAUUACCCUAACAGCAAUUGGGCUCGGUGAUUAUAUGCCAAACAAUGUCCCGCGAUCACCGUUGAUGAAGAUUUGGUAUUUCCUCGGGUUGCCGGUGUUUAAGGUCGUCAACCGUGUCUCAUAUGUGGCGCUGGAAAACGGGAUUUUCGGCACUUUCACGGUGCUCGAGAAUCGCCUUGAAGAAACAUACCUGAACAGAAAAGCCGCCGAACAGGUGCAUCGUCAAGAUACGGAGGUGCCGGCACAGCCGAUUGGUGGUCAAGACGGUCUACGACGUCGCCGAAUGUCCAUGGCGAGCUGCAAAACGAUGAAUCCGGAAGAGCAAGAACAGAUCAAUGAAGCACUCAACAAUUUCACCGUCCGUUCAAUAGCCACAUUUAUGAAGGCGCGUUCUGACGUGUACGCGGGCGACUUUGGACGCGUGCGCAUGACGAAAUCCCAAAUGAAUGAGCAGGGACUA